AUGGUACCUUGUGUGAUCUAUUUCCUACUCCUGGUAGUAAUCUCCAAGGCUGAUCUCGAUCGUGAUCAUCAGGCACUAGUCGCUCUCAAAAACUCAUUUGUGGAUUCCGCAGGAGAGCUCCAGGAUUGGACAGGAACUGCGUCUGCCAUCUGCUCGUGGAAAGGAGUGUCCUGUGACACUACUAACUCUUCCGUGGUAAAGCUCGAGCUUCCUGACAGUAAUCUUGGAGGCGUCCUUGCACCCGACAUAGUGAGUCUUCGAUCCCUGACGCAUUUGUCUUUCCAAAGCAACCUUCUCCAGGGAGAAAUUCCUCGAGACCUGUUUAGCAAGCUCGAUCGUCUGGAGAACGUUUCUCUCGCUGACAAUAACUUCUCCGGCACCAUUCCCGCCAGCCUUGGAAGCUCAACUCUAAUCCGGCAUCUCGAUUUGCAUGACAACAAUCUCACUGGAGAGAUACCUUCGGGUGUUUGCCAGCUUCGCGACUUGCAGAAAAUUUUUCUCGCCACUAAUAAGUUCGAAGGAGAGAUACCCCACUGUCUCGGCGCUCUCACGGAACUGGAGGUGAUCGGUUUCAUGAAGAACAACCUGAGUGGCUCAAUCCCACCAUCCUUCCAACACCUGACGAAGCUGCAUAUCUUGGACGUGUCCGAGAACAACUUGUCCGGAGCCAUUCCACCUGAGCUCGGAAUGAUGUCAAGCCUUGAAGUGUUGUUUGUCCAUUACAACAAUCUGGCCGGAAGUAUUCCACCGCAGCUCGGAAAUCUGUCCCUGUUGAAGAACUUCGACGUAGCGUACAACAGACUCGAAGGAGUGAUCCCCGAAGAGCUCGGAGGGAUGAAGGAACUUUCCAUCUUCCAUCUAGCCAGCAACAAACUCACAGGUAAGUUUCCUCGGUGGCUCGCGGAGCACGACAAUGUCUCGCUUAUCACCUUGAAUAGCAACUCCCUCACUGGAGAACUCCCUCCAGACUUUGGAAGCAGAACAGCACUCCGGAGCGUCGAUCUAUCCCAGAAUCAUUUCACUGGAAAACUUCCGCCAGCUCUUUGUCAGAAUGGAAGCUUGAAGUACCUUGCCGCACGAAACAAUCAGUUCUCGGGAGAUCUGCCAGUGCAACUCCAGCAGUGUCGGAACUUGGACAGGCUCCGUCUUGACGACAACUUCCUCACAGGCAGCGUCCACUUUUCCCAGUCGAAUGUCCACACCAUCACCCUCGCUCAUAAUCGUUUCAACGGGAGCCUCUCCAUGCGAGACAUGCCGAUGCUGAACCUCUUGGACCUGUCUUUCAAUUACCUCACAGGUGAGUUGCCGGCGGUGCUCGAAACUUCACAAAGCUUGGUCAAACUCAACUUGGCUAGCAAUCGCCUGUCUGGAACUCUUCCUCUACAGCUUGGACAGCUUCAAAAUCUUACGGAUCUCGAUCUCAGUAGCAACUUUUUCGUCGGGGACGUUCCAGCUUUGAUCUCGGGUUGCGGCAGCUUGACUACGUUGAAUCUGAGUAGGAACAGCUUCCAGGGAAGGUUGCUCUUAAGAAUGAUGGAAAAGCUCAGUAUCGUAGAUGUCUCGCACAACCGGCUCCACGGUGAAAUACCGCUGGCAAUCGGACAGUCCCCCAACCUCUUGAAACUCGAUCUCUCAUAUAAUGAUCUGUCUGGAAGCGUCCCGGCCUUUUGCAAGAAGAUCGAUGCCAACCUCGAAAGAAAUACCAUGCUGUGCUGGCCUGGUUCAUGCAACACGGAGAAGCAGAAGCCGCAAGAUCGGGUUUCGAGACGGAUGCUCGUCAUAACAAUCGUAGCACUUUCAGCACUGGCGCUGGUUUCCUUUUUCUGGUGCUGGAUCCAUCCUCCUAAACGACACAAAAGCUUGAGCAAACCAGAAGAAGAGUGGACACUUACUUCGUACCAAGUUAAGUUGAUUUCUCUGGCAGACGUCCUUGAGUGCGUCGAAAGCAAGGACAAUCUCAUCUGCAGAGGACGAAACAACGUGUACAAAGGAGUGCUCAAAGGUGGCAUACGGGUUGCAGUGAAGGAGGUCCAGAGCGAAGAUCACAGCCAUGUAGCUGAAUUUGACGCGGAGGUCGCAACGCUCGGAAAUAUCCGGCACAGGAACGUCGUCAAGUUGCUCGCCUCCUGCACAAACAAAAAAAGUCAUCUCCUGGUGUACGAAUUUAUGCCACUGGGAAACCUGAGAGAUCUUCUCCACGGAAAGAUGGCGAGGAGCUUCAGCCUUGGAUGGGACAAACGGGUUGAAAUCAUAACUGGCAUAGCCGAAGGGCUUGCGUACUUGCAUCACGACUACGGGCCCAAAGUCGUGCACCGAGACGUCAAGUGUGAUAACAUUCUGUUGGAUGCAGAGAUGAAGCCUCGGCUGGGGGACUUCGGCCUGGCCAAGCUAUUGAGGGAAGAUAAACCGAGCACUGCUUCCAAGUUAGCUGGAACACACGGCUACAUUGCUCCAGAAUAUGCUUACACUCUGAAAGUCGACGAGAGAGCGGACGUGUACAGCUUCGGCAUUGUAGUGUUGGAAGUGCUGACGGGAAAGAUGGCGACAUGGAGAGACGCUACUAACGAUCUGGACCUGGUUGAAUGGGUGAAGUUGAUGCCAGUGGAGGAACUCGCGCUUGAGAUGGGAGCGGAAGAACAGUGCUACAAGUUAGUGCUGGAAAUCGCUCUAGCCUGUGUAGAGAAGUCUCCAAGCCUUCGUCCUACAAUGCAGAUUGUAGUGGACAGACUCAACGGGAUUAGAAGCAGAAAGGAAAACAAGAAAACUGACCUCAAUGAAGCGUUUCUUGCGGAUCUUGUAUAAGACCGGCUAUGUACAGAUACAAGUUUAAUUUUAUUCAUGAUAGUAGGAAAUAGAAACAAA